AUGGAUCCCAAAUACCAGAGGGUGAAGCUUAAUGAUGGCCACUUCAUUCCUAUCCUGGGAUUUGGAACCUAUGCACCUGAGGAGGUUCCUAAGAGUGAAGCUCUGGAGGUCACCCAAUUGGCUAUAGAGGUUGGGUUCCGCCAUAUUGACUGUGCUCAUUUGUACCAAAAUGAAGAGCAAGUUGGACAAGCCAUUCGGAGCAAGAUUGCAGAUGGCACUGUGAAGAGAGAAGACAUAUUCUACACUUCAAAGCUUUGGUCCACUUUCCUUCAACCAGAGUUGGUCCGACCAGCCUUGGAAAAGUCACUGAAAAAUCUUCAACUGGACUAUGUCGAUCUCUACAUUAUUCAUUUUCCACUGGCUCUGAAGCCAGGAGAGGAGCUUUUUCCAAAAGAUGAAAGUGGAAAAGUGAUAUAUGACUCUGUAGAUUUCUGCCGCACAUGGGAGGCCCUGGAGACAUGUAAAGAUGCAGGGCUGGCUAAGUCCAUCGGGGUGUCCAACUUCAACCACAAGCAGCUGGAGAAGAUCCUGAACAAGCCAGGGCUCAAGUACAAGCCCGUCUGCAACCAGGUGGAAUGUCACCCUUACCUCAAUCAGAACAAACUGUUAGAGUUCUGCAAGUCACAUGAUAUCGUUCUUGUUGCCUAUGGUGCUCUGGGAUCCCAACGAUUGAAAAAUUGGGUAAACCCGAACUACCCUAUUCUUUUGGAGGACCCAGUUCUUUGUGCCAUUGCCAAAAAGCACAAGCAAACACCAGCUCUGGUUGCCCUUCGCUACCAGAUACAACGUGGGAUUGUGGUUCUAGCCAAGAGUUACAACAGGAAGCGGAUCAAAGAGAACAUGCAGGUUCUUGACUUUGAAUUGACUCCGGAAGACAUGGAAGCAAUUGAUGGCCUCAACAGUAACAUACGAUAUUAUGAUUUAGUCUUCCUUGCUGAUCACCCUGACUACCCAUUUUCUGAAGAAUACUGA